CACACGUCUCGGGGUCCUUACCACACCCGUUUGUUUACAACCACGUCACCAGGAAAUACAACUCGAAGUGUCAAAAUGAAAAUGCUGAGAGAGGACUCCCAAGACGCUCCACUUUUUGGUGAAGAUAAUGAUAAUAUCAGGCAAAAAAAGCCUAAUAUUAGGCAUCCUCUGGCCACAUUCUUCCAUCUCUUCUUCCGAACAAGUGCCAUCUUGGUCUACUUACUGUGUGACAUCUUCAGCAGUCGUUUCAUUGUGUGUAUGGUCACCAUUAUUCUCCUGCUGUCAUGUGACUUCUGGACUGUCAAGAACGUAUCUGGCAGAUUGUUAGUGGGCCUUCGGUGGUGGAAUCAAGUGGACAACAAUGGAAAGAACCACUGGGUGUUUGAGUCAAGGAAGGCAAGCAGAAGCCCAUCAGUUACAUCCAGUGCUGAAUCACGGAUCUUCUGGCUUGGACUUGUUGUUUGCCCCAUCUUCUGGAUCAUCUUUGUGUUCAGCACCAUCUUUUCAUUCAAGAUUAAAUGGCUGGCUGUGGUAAUAAUGGGCUUGGUUUUGCAAUGGGCCAACUUGUAUGGUUAUGUCAGAUGCAAGGUGGGUGGGAAUACCAACCUGAGAAACAUGGCAAAGAACUACCUUGGUUUCCAGAUCUUUAAACAGGCAAUGAAGAAAACAGACCGCUGAAAAAGAGAAUGAGCGAUGACCAUCGGCAGUGGGAUACCUACAUCAUAUUUACUAAAUUCCUGUUGUAAAGGCGCCUGGUCUUCUCUGAAGGUGUAGGGAUUUUUGUUAUUUCUCUUAAGAGUUUGGUAAAACUGAUUUUGUAUGUGUUAAGUUUUUCUGCAUCUUCAAGUAAAAAUGCAAUAUAUUUUCUGAGAUUAAAUUUCAUACAGUUGUUCCAGCAGUGCAGGUAACUGCAUCUGUGCAUUAUACUUGGGAGUUUUUCAAGGUAACUGUGAAAUGUAAAUUGUCUAACUCUUGCGUGUAAACUGAGUUCACUACCAGACUGUCACAGCCCCUAAUGGGCUACGUUAUACAGUGUAUUGCCAAGAGUUAAGAAGUUAAUGUGAAAAUGCUCGUUUUCUGAAGGUGAUUUGGGUCAACACAGUGCUCUAAAUUUAUGACAAAGGUUUAAAUGUGCUCAACUUCCAGCAGAAAUCAUUCCAGUUGGCUUGGUUUGAGCCACCAGCUCAGCCCUUCAGGCAUCAUCUUGUGCUGUGUGCUCUUAUGAAAAGGACAUUUUGUUAAAAAUACUGUGCAUAUACAGU